AUGGCCAAGUCGAAAGAUGCUUCGCCUCCAUCAGGCCCUCCAUCGAUUCUCGACACAACUCAGGUCCACGGCUACUACAUGGCAAACACCAACGUGUCGUUGCCCGACGUAUUCUUCUUCCAACGUUCACGUCUUCCGUAUCUACGUGAGACGAAUGCCAUGGGAGUCGCUGCUUGCAAACGGAGUUGGUGA